AUGAAUGGAAUACGUUUUGCUCCUGGCUAUAGUGUAGAACAAACAAUGGAAGACUUAUUUCGUAGCAGUAGUGAUUCAGAAGGUAGUGAUGCCGAAGACGAUGGAACAGAGACACAGGUAGACCAAAGUGAUGAAAUUUGUUUACAUGAAUUAGAAGAAAAUGAUAGUCUUGCUGAAAAUGAUGACAGUGGAGAAGAUGAAAGUGCAGUACUGGUAAGCAGGGGUCGGGAUAUUGCAUGGACAGGUAUUCCUAGUACAGUUAGUGUUAGCUCAGCUGUUGACUGUUUCAGGCAGUUUAUUACUAAUGAAUUGCUGGAUAUAAUAGUUCAGUUCACAAAUCAACGAGGAAAUGAAUUGAAAGUGUCUGGAAAAUUAGUUGACUGGCGUGAUACAGACAGAUGCAAGCUUCUUUCGUUUUUAGGCUUGCUGAUUCUGUAUGGCGUACAGAAGAGCCGGGGGAAACCUAUUGACGAAUUUUGGGACUCUGAAUAUGGCACUCCUCUAUUCCAUGCUACUAUGUCGAGGAGGCGAUGUCAGGACAUUCUGUGCUCACUUCGUUUUGACGACUGCAUCACAAGACUUGAAAGGAAAGAGAGGACUGGAAAUAAGGCUGAAGCUGUACAGAAAAUAUUUGAUUUGUUUGCCGUGCAAUGUCAAACAUCAUUUAUACCUUCCAGCAACAGUACUGUUGAUGAACAUCUUUGCGUAUACAGAGGUCGGUGCAGUUUCAAGGUCUACAUUCCUUCAAAGCCAGGAAAGUAUGGCAUCAAGAUAUGGUGCGCAGUAGACUGUGAACAAGGUUAUCUGACAAAUCUUCAAAUGUACACUGGAAGGAGUGGUGAUGUGAGAGAAGUGAAUCAAGGCAAGAGAGUGGUCUUAGAUUUAGUGUGUCAUCUGGCUGGCAGUGGUAGGAAUAUUACCACUGACAAUUUUUUCACAAGCUAUGACCUUGGCCAAAAAUGGUUGAAAAUGAAGUUGACACUUGUAGGUACUCUACGUUCUACAAGAAAAGAAGUCCCAAAAGAGUUUUUGCCUUUGAAAACUAGGGAAGAAUGCACUACCAGAUUUGCAUACAGUGGUAAAACCCUAUUAGCUUCGUAUGUUCCAAAAAGAAAUAAGGCUGUGCUACUCCUGUCAACACAACAUCAAUCAUUUGAAGUGCCCAAAGAAAGCAACUUGAAAUGA